AUGGUGCAGCGACUCAUGUAUCGAAAGCUGCAUAGCUAUACCAUCAAAUCCAACCAAGACAAGGUUGUUAAAACCACCGGGGUAGAUUGGUGUGCCAAGGUACUAAGAAGGGAGCCAGUGGUCUCAAGUGUGAUCCAAGGGAUUCCUCACUCGAGACCUACUGAAUAUAAGAGGCCUAGAUUGUCCAGGAACUGUAGGACUGUGAAUCGUGCCUAUGGUGGCGUAUUGUCUGGAGGUGCUGCGAGGGAGAGGAUCAUUCGAGAUUUUUUUAUGAGGAGCAAAAAAUUGUUGAAAAAAUUAUUCAAAAUUCAAAAAUUUGCGCAUGAGGUUUCGAGCCAAUCAAUCAACCGAUUCAGACAUAUUGAUAUCAUCAAUAUAGAUCAGGACAUGAUGAAGUAUGUGCUGGAGGAUCUUGAUCAUUGCCUUUUGAAAUAUGGAUGGGGCCACUUUGAGCCCCAUUUUCCUAUUUGGUUGGAGUCUAUAAAGGAUUCUACGUGGGUACCUCAAAAGAUUGAGAGGGCUAUGAGGGAUUUUCUUUGGUCAGAUGUAGGGGAGAGGAUAGAUCAGUCGGUUGAGUGGGAAGUGAUGUGUAGGCCAAAGGAAGGAGGGUUGGGUCUUGUUAAUUUGGUGUCUAAAAACAUUGCUCUUUUUGGCUAA